AUGUCCUCCCAACCGCCGCCACGGGGCUACAUCGACCCCAACUUCCCCAACCCGGGAGGCCCAGACGACGCCAGCAUAAUAAUCUACGGAUACACGCCCUCCAUCGUCGUCGGCGUGCUGGGUUGCGUUCUCUUCUUCCUCGCGGGCAUCCUGCACGGAUGGCAGCUGUUCAAGUACCGCGCAUGGUACUUCAGCACCGUCAUGGUCGGGAUAAUCUUCGAAAUCGUCGGUUACAUAUUCCGCAGCCUCUCCUCGCAGCUCGACCCCUACCGCGUAACCUUCUUCGUCAUACAAUACUUCUUCAUAGUCGUGGCCCCCGUCUUCUUCGCCGCCGCCAUCUACACCAUCCUCUCGCUCCUCAUCAAUGCCACAGGCCGGCACUACGCGCCCAUCCCGCCCAAGCUCAUCCUCUGGAUCUUCAUUUCGUGCGACGUCGUCGCGACCGUGGUGCAAAUCCUCGGCGCCGCGCUCAUUGGCGUCGCGGAAUCGAACCGCAAGGAUCCCACGACGGCGAAUAAUAUUCUGCUGGCGGGGCUGGCGUUCCAGGCGUUUACGUUUCUGGUAUUUAUUGGCCUGUUUGUGGCGUUUGUGUGGAGCGCGAGGGGGGUGAUGUUUAAAGUCGUGAGGAAGAGUUUCUAUACGAGUUUUAGCAUCGCGGUGGUGUUAAUGUAUUUGCGGGUGUGUUUUAGGCUGGCGGAGACGGCGCAGGGGCUGUAUGGCGAUUUGAAUACGCAUGAGGUGUAUUUUGGGUGUUUGGAGUUUGCGCCCGUUGUGGUGGCGGUGUGGUUGCUGGCGGUUUGGCACCCGGGGAGAUGUGUGCCGCGGGCGAGAGCGGUGAUCGAGGACAUUUGA